AUUUCUUCUGGUAACACCGCAUGCUUCAGUUAAAUGUCAAAAUAUUCGAUCAGUUUGUUGAAGAGAUUGGAAACCUAAAUUUACAAAUAAAAUAAUUAAUGAGCCAGUUUACAUAAAACUUCAGUGCAUAUUCGAUCUUUGUCCGUAGUGGAACUAAUAAAUAGUGAUAAUUAUCUUCCAAGUGUUCUAAUAGUGCAAAUGUAUUUCUCUUACGCGUAACUUAGAUUUUACAACAAUGGAUUCGAAUAUUAUAAAUUGGAAUAACAAAGAAGUGGCCGAGUUGUUGCACAAAGAAAAUAUAUCAACCUGUGCCAUCGAAAUUUGCAAGCUUCAUGACAUCGAUGGACAAUGUCUACUUUCUUUCGUAGAUCGUGAUUUCUAUGAAUAUCCAUUCGAUCAGCUGAAACUAGGCGACAGGAAACGUUUCAUAUUACUCGUGAAAAAGAUACAAAGAAAUAAUCGUAGUGCUAUGUGUGAACUUGGUUUAUGUGAAGAUCAGUUUCUUGCUAAUGCAUCAACAAAUAUAAAUUUCCUUGGUACUAAUUUGUCACAUUUAAGUUACAAUCUUCAUAACAAAAUGCCACAAGAGUUUUGUUAUAGUCACAAUCGAGAAUUUAUUUCCAAUUUCACACCUGAUGUGAAAGCUUCGAAGUUGAAACCAGAGGUGUGGAAAACAGCCAUAGCAUUAGGUUAUUUGUUCUUAGUAACAUGGGUGACAGCGGUUGUGAUGGUGAUUGUGCACGACAAAGUGCCUGACAUGAAGAAAUAUCCACCGCUUCCAGACUUGUUCCUCGACAAUGUUCCACACAUUCCCUGGGCAUUCGACAUGUGUGAAAUCACAGGCUCUCUCCUGAUGGCAAUAUGGCUUGCUGUCUUAUUCUUUCACAAACAUAGGUUCAUAAUAUUAAGGCGAUUCUUCGCGUUGGCUGGCACUGUGUUCCUGCUGCGCUGCUUCACGAUGCUGAUAACGUCGCUAUCAGUGCCGGGCUCCCACUUGAAGUGUGAGCCACGUUCUUACCCGCCCGCUGACGACCUCACGGUGUGGGGCCGGCGGCUGAAGCAAGCGUAUGACAUAUGGAGCGGCGCCGGCAUGUCUGUGCGGGGCGUACGCACGUGUGGCGACUACAUGUUCUCGGGGCAUACAGUUGCUCUCACUCUACUCAACUUCUUUAUCACCGAAUAUACCUCCCGCAACCUGUACCUACUGCACAUCCUCACGUGGGUGAUGAACAUGUUCGGCAUCUUCUUCAUCCUAGCGGCGCACGAGCACUACUCCAUCGACGUGUUCAUCGCCUUCUACAUCACCUCCCGGCUUUUCCUCUACUACCACACGUUGUCCAACAACCAGGCGCUCAUGCAGAACGACUCUUCAAGGACAAGGAUAUGGUUCCCGCUGUUGUCAUUCUUCGAAUCGGAGGUGGACGGGAUCGUUCCCAACGAGUACGAGGGCCCCGUGACUAUACUGGCCAACCUGAAGCAGUGGUGCAUGCAGCUCGUCUCAGACGUCAAACAAUCCUCCGUGGCCAAGAUAGCUGGGACCAAGCUCCAGGAGGGCGCAGCUAUGGGCGAAUACUCCGUCGUCCGACUCGUAGAUGGCAUCAAAAAGAACCUCAGUUUAGUCGAAGAGUACAGAAAUACUAAUCAGAGAUUGGUCACGCUCGACAAAAACAUUCAAGCCGGCAUACUCGACGAACAAAUGGAGACCGACUUGCGCCACAGAAACGUAGCUGGGGAAUCGCUUCUUAAAGAUUUAAGAACAGGAGAAACAAUGCUUAGAGAUUUAAGUAAUCCACCCUCACCGUCUAUAAAGAAAAAUAUAUGAAAAUACUAUGUUAUAUAGAUUUCGAGGCUAUUUUAAAGAAAACAAAAGAAAAUCGAUCAUUGUAGUUGUAUUUGUACAAUGAAAUUAGAUACCUGAUGUUUUACAUUUCCAUUAUAGAUUUUAUAAAGUGUUAUUCCAUAAUUAUUUAUUUUAAUAAGUAAGCUAAAAUUAAAAAAAAAUAUUAAGGAGAUUUAUUUGCUCAAAUAUAAUCAGACACAAGACCUUGCCUAUAUGUUAUUUUAUUAUUCCUUGGGUUAUAUCAAUUAUCACUCGAAAAGGCAGGUGCUGCCUACUGGGAGUCCUCUUUAGCAUGCAAAUCUAUAAAUUCUGCCAAAGGCGAUGCUGUGAUGCUGGGGCAACACUAACGGGAAAUGCUGUUAAUUAUCGUGAUUGGUACACACUCCGGCGCGGCUCGCAUGCCUGCAGUGUAUUAACUUAGCUCUUUGCGACCACUAGCACAUUCCUCAGAGUUCUUAGUUAGCGUGGCCCCAACAUGAAAUGUAGAAAAAUGCACUGAACCAGACUUGUUAUACCUUCUACCCAAACACACGAUUAAACAUGCCUACCAAAUCAAUGAUGAGCUCAGCUUUGGAUAAUUAAUUUUUGUUGGAUUCCAAAGUUACAUAACUUGCCUCUACAAACUAAAUUGAACGCGCCAACCGCUGGUUGGCACCUAGUUGAUAACUAGGAAAGGGAUCAUCAACGUAUAAAAUCGAGCCGUUCAGUAUUCUUUGUAUAAAACUCCCAACUGCAAUGAACAAUUAAAACCAUAAUGUAAAUUGUCUCGCCUCGGGACAAGCUCCCGAACCGCGGUGUGAUGCGUGGUCACUCUCCGCACCCUAGCUUACGUCUCUACAUCCACGCCCCUCCCGUGGCCUCAUAUUCAAAUUCAAACUAAUUGAACUGGUGCCGCCUAGCCAUCAAAUAGCGGUCUGCAAGCCGUAAGCGCGCGGCGUUAGGUACCUUUAUUUCUGUCUGGAAAAUGCAUUAAAUACUUCGAAUCAUUCGCCAACUGGGAGCCAAACGCAGGUAUCUGCGGACUUCUCCCUACUCAUUUCACCCAGCCCUGAGACUCUAUGAAAUGAGCAGGGCCCUACCCAGUAACAACCUGACAAUACUCCAGCACCGAUCACCCGGAGCCUCGGGACUGCGAGUGUAGUUUUGGCACUCGAAUUCCUGGCCGCACACCAGUAUAGUGAUUGUCCGUGGUGUCGGGGUGGGUCCCCGAUGAAAUGCGAGCGGUUUCACUAGUCGUAGCCGAGUCGAAAUGCUGGAUCUGAUUUACAUAGUUAAAAGUUACAUACUUGUAUUAGAAGGAUCCCUGUUUGAUGGCAAGCCGAAAAGCGAAUCGGUCUAGACUAGAUCCGCUUCCGGGUUGAAUGUGUGCUAUGACCUUAGAGCUCCUCAAACGAAAUCCCCAAAAAAGUUCCUGUUAAAAAAAUACUUUGAAUUGGCAACUAAACAUUUUUCUAUUAAUUUCGUUAAUCAUUUUCAAAGGAGAGUACCUACUUUCUAGCAAUUAUAACCAUUACGACACAAGUUGUAAAAUAGGGCACAGGAUGAAAUAGGAAACUCUUGUAUUGGUGUGUCCGCCGCCGGUCUGGGUAAGUAAGGAAAUAAAAGACUGUCAAUUUUGAAAUAUUUUAUAUAAUUCGUAUGAAAAUUAGUUAAAAAAUGUCUUUAAAAAUAACAUAAAACUGUCAUGAAAAACCCCAUUUUUAUUUCAUUACAACCAAAACAAGAGGGCAUGAAUUGACUAUUUAAAAUAAAGAUGUAAAAUUGUAAACAAUGUUUUAACUUAAUUUUUCAAGUUAAUUUUAAAUAAAAUUACAUUCAAAUCAUUGAGAUUUUUUAAAUAUGUGCAAAUAGAGAUUUUCUAUGUUGUUUUAAUAAGGUAUGUUAUUAAAUAUUAAUAUAUAAAACAAUUUGAUACAUGGUACUAAAAUUAUUUCAACUGGACCAUAAGUACAGAUGCUAAUCAUGAUAUUAGCUGUACAUGCAUUGCAUAUUAGCACCUAUUAAAAUUGUGAAAAUAUUUUUAUGUAUAAUUAGAUGGCCACUUAAAAAUUUCAUAAUAAAGAACACAAUGCAGUUUUAUACAAAAUGAGAAUAAAUAAAUAUUCUUUAAAAGACUUUUAUGUAAAUAAUUAUUGACUAAUGAAUUGAUAGAUUAAUUUGUAAAAGAAUAUCAUUAAUACUUUAAAAUAAUACAAGCCUUAUGAAGGAAACACUGUUAAAUAGAAAUCUUACUCUGGAACUUCAUAUAAAAUUGAUUUAUAAAUCUAAUGAUAAUGACAUUUAAUGACAAUAGGCCACUUAGCAAACAUGAUACUUUACAUCGCACCUUUGCAACACAAGUCUCAAUAUUAUACUUCUCAGCAUUAUAUACAAUGACUAAAAGAAGCGCGAGAUGCAUUAUAAAUAACAGGACAAACUUAAUGUAUAGUGCUCACUUAGUGCUAGUAGGGCUAAAUUUGAGCUGAAAAGCAAAUAGAUGUCAGUCAGUUAUUCAGCAGCAGCAGCCUGCUCAUUCUUUAUCAGAUCCUCUGAUGGGCUUUCUUUUUUACUUUCUGGAACACUUUCUUUCUCUUCAGAUUGUUCACGGGAGCUAACUGUACCAUUCUCAUUGACAGAAACAUCUUUCUCAGGUGAACUUUCUUUGGACUUUUCUGAGGCAGCUUCCACAACUUUUUCUGGGGAUUUUUCUUUUUCUGGGGAGUUUUCUUUUUCUGUAGAAGACACUUCCUUUUCUACCGAUUUUUGUCUUUCUGGUGAAACUUCUUUCCCAGAUUCCUGUUUUGUUUCAUUUAUUUCUUCUGCCUUUGCAGGGGAUGGCUCUUUAGAACUUACUUUAUCAGUUGGAGAGGUUUCUCUUGAUGGUGUUUUGGGUUUGGUUUCACUCUCUUCCUUGGGUUCCCCUACAUCAUCUUCUCCGCUAUCCUUGCUAACUGGAGCCUUAUCACCAUCAUCGCCCUCCUUCGUCUCCUCUGCUUUAUCACCAUCAAUUUCCUUGGCAGGCGAAUUUUCUUUUGAUUUACUUUCCUCAUUUUGUUUCUCAACAUCACCAUUUAGAACCUUUGCCUGAAAGUGGUAAGAAAAUUAAUCUCAAUUGGAAAUAGUACGAAGGGUUUAUUUGAUUUGUCUGUUUGGACAUGAGUUAUAUAAAUAAUCAUUUCAGGAAUUAAUAUCAUUACAUAUCAAUAAUUUAAGACAAGUAAGUUUAAAGUAUAAUGUUUUUCUGUAGGAACUAUCAAUUUAUGUUACUACAGGAAACUAAUCCUUAAUAUCACCUAUUGAAAUCUCUGGCAUGAUUUUAUGUGUUUCAAAAUAUAAAAUGCUUGGUAAAAAGGUACGACCGCGAUACCAAAAUUUGGGGUUUUGGAGGAUGGGGGGAGGAGGGGGGGACCUCC